UGGCGCGCAGUGAUCAUCGACGAGGUGAUCAGCAAGCACAACGAGGUGGCGCGGGUGUUUUGGAGGACCAAGGUCGCCAAGGUGGACACGGAGGGGCGGAUCCGCAAGAUCGAGAAGUCGCUGUCGCUGCCGUGGGGCGUGUUCCUGCGCAAGCUGGCCAGCUUCUGCGGCCUGUGCGAGGACGUCAAGGAGAUCAAGUCCAAGGUCAAGAUACGCGCCCUGCGCCUCCUCCUCGCCAACAAAGUGGGCGAGGUGACCAUCGAACGAUUCGCGGAGAUCCUCGAAUGGUUUGGACCUUUCACCGCCAACGGAAAGACCUUCCUCUCCAACAUCAAGAAAAUCACACGACUCCCGGGCUUCUUCGGCGACGACUUCAAGGACCAGAAGGCGCUGGCCAACCUCAUGGCGGGCAAGGAGGUGGGUUCCUACAUGGUGCGCUUCAGCUCGCAGGUGGGCUCCUACACCAUCACCAGCAUGGCGGCCAAGGGGGCCAUGCUCAACCAGCGAAUCGAUCGCACGACCGACGGCAACUUUGUGGUGAAGGUGAGCGGGGUGAGCCACUUCUUCGCCACCAUUGAGGAGAUUCUGGAGAAGUUCAAGACCACCUGGCACCUCAAAGAGGCCCUCACGCCCUCCCGCUACUCGCAGCUCUACCAGGAGGAACCCGACAAGUUCAUCUACCGGGAGUGUCUCGUGGUGUCCGACCCUUCGAAAAGCGCGGAGCUGCCGUCCGUCACCAUCACCUCGGAGCUGGCGCCCCCGCGCGCGAGGGACACUUUGCGGACCAGCGACCCCUCCCACCAGCACCACACAAACAAAUAA